GACUCGUGUUGGCAUUAUAGAUUGUCAGACAAUAACACGUAUACCCUAGGAAUCCGUUGUUACGCUUAAAAUAAAGCGGUAGCACGGCUCUUCCUAGUAAGUGGGGCCUAGAAACAGGCUUCCAAAAGUAAUUAGAGAAAACAUUUAUUUUACUUUUAUUAACUCGGAUGUUUUCUUGACCGUUGGUCAAACUGAAAAAGUGAAGAGAUGUUGAGAGAGGUGCUUUUAGGAUGUUUGGCACUAGUUGCCCUAGCAACUGCUCAAGAUGAGAUCACAUGUGAUGGUGCUAAUGAUGGGGACAUAUUUUUGCCCUUUCCGGAGGAGGACCCCUGUUACCAGUGUACAUGCGUUAAAGGCGAAAGGCAAUGUGAUUACAUAGACUGCCAAGAGCUCACUUGCCCAGGCGGCGCUGUGCCAGUAAAGGUCCCUGGAGAGUGCUGUGCUGUUUGCCCACAAAAUAAUAAUGUAGAAGCUGAGGUUAGAAGACAACCUGUUGGCGAUAGUGGUGUUGUAGCGGAUACUGGAUUUAGGAAUCAACAAGCUGCUAAUAAAGCUGGACCUGCCAUGACUGGUUAUUAUCAAGCUGGUCAACCCGGACCACGGGGACCCCCCGGACCCCCAGGACAACCAGGUGCACAAGGUUUCCAAGGCCCACGAGGAGAAAAUGGUGAUGCCGGACAACCCGGUUCUCCCGGACAACGAGGUUUCCCUGGACCCCCUGGCCCACCCGGACUUGAUGGAGAUGAUGGUUUACCCGGUGAUAUGGGCCCCCCAGGAUCUAUCGGUUCUACUGGACCCGUUGGACGACCUGGUAUUCCCGGUUUACCUGGACCUAAAGGACAUAGAGGAUUCCCUGGACAACCUGGUAAAGUUGGUGAAACCGGUAAAGAAGGAGACCGGGGCGCAAGUGGACCCCCAGGACCUGCUGGUGGACCUGGAUCUGUUGGACCACGAGGUAUUCCUGGAGAACGUGGACGAGAUGGUAACACUGGAGCUCCAGGUUUAAGAGGAUCUGACGGACAAGCUGGUAACAGUGGAUCCCCAGGACCUAUUGGUCCACCCGGUGCUGCAGGUUUCCCCGGUAGUGCCGGAGCAAAGGGAGAUCGUGGUAAUGCAGGUGAACGUGGUCCACAAGGUGCUUCUGGUCCACCUGGAAAUGAUGGUGCUUCUGGUACCCCUGGCUCUCCCGGUCAACCCGGCCAACGUGGGGAAGAUGGAAGCCCUGGUGAUAAAGGAGAACGAGGUACUGUCGGAUCUAACGGUGCUCCCGGAUUCCCUGGUCCACAAGGCCCACCUGGUUCGAGUGGUGCCCCUGGAGGUAUGGGCCCCAAAGGAGAUGCUGGACGUGAUGGAUCUCCAGGCAGCUCUGGUGACCCCGGUCCAAGAGGUUCUCCUGGAUCAUCUGGUGAACGAGGUCUUCCCGGUUUACCUGGUUUAGAAGGCAAACGAGGAGCUUCUGGUGCUGUUGGCCCACCUGGUCCAUCAGGAUCCCAAGGAGACGCCGGUUCCCCUGGUGCCCCAGGAUUACCUGGAGCUGGUGGAGCACCUGGACAACGAGGUAGUGAUGGCGAACGUGGUCAAACUGGAGAACGUGGCGAGCCUGGUCUAACUGGUCAAGCUGGCGCUCCUGGUCCUGCUGGUGCCCCCGGUGCCCGAGGAAGCCCUGGAUUUCCCGGUUUGGAUGGAGCUACAGGCGACCGUGGUCCAGCCGGUAGCAAUGGUCUUGAUGGUGCCCCCGGAGAACAAGGUCCUCAAGGAAAUGCUGGACCACCUGGUCUUCAAGGACCUUCUGGUAACAAGGGCGAGACUGGAGCUGAAGGACGAAGUGGGGAUCAAGGACGACCUGGUCCACAAGGUACCCGAGGAGAACGAGGUCCAGCUGGAGAACCUGGUCCACCUGGAGCUAAUGGCGCCCCUGGACAAACCGGAGAACGAGGAGAAUCUGGUGCUAUUGGCCCAACUGGAUUCCAAGGUUUACCUGGUGCUGAUGGAGCUCCCGGAGAAUCUGGAAACCCUGGACCCCAAGGAGAAUCUGGUGCUGCUGGUGAACCCGGUAUUCCUGGUGAACGAGGAGAACAAGGCUUCCCUGGUGAAAUUGGCCAACCUGGCAAUAGAGGUGCCCCAGGAGAACGAGGUAACUCUGGACCAAGCGGAGAAAUCGGUAUGCCUGGACCCCCUGGUUUAUCUGGUGACCGUGGUGAUCCUGGUCAAGCUGGGUUAAUUGGAUUACCCGGAGAGAGAGGACCCGAAGGAAGAGCCGGCCCUAGAGGUCUUACUGGAAAUGUAGGUGAACGAGGACGAGAUGGAGAACCCGGACCUCCUGGAGAAACUGGUGUUGCCGGUCCACCCGGUAUCAUGGGUCCUUCUGGUAUUGCUGCUGGUAAGGGAGAUCGUGGACCAUCUGGUCCUGCUGGAGAGCCUGGUCCACCUGGUAAUGUUGGACAACGUGGUGUUGCUGGUCUUCAAGGAGCACAAGGUCCACCUGGAUUGAGCGGUUCCCCCGGAGAAACUGGUCUUUCUGGAGAACCUGGUUCACCUGGAGUAAAGGGUGAUAAUGGAGCUCGUGGAUUCCCCGGUGAAGUUGGUGCUAUGGGCGAACAGGGAGCUGAAGGUGUUGCUGGAAGAAAGGGAUCUCGAGGAGAAGGAGGAACCCCAGGAACAGCUGGUCAACCCGGUCAGCCAGGACGAAUUGGACCACCCGGACCCCCCGGUGCACAAGGAUCUCUAGGCCCAGCUGGUGCCGUUGGUCAGCAAGGCGAACGAGGCGAGCGUGGUGAAGUUGGACCCCCAGGACGAAAUGGUGAAGCCGGAGCUGUUGGCGCCCCAGGUUUGGAUGGCGCUCCUGGUGAACGUGGAUCUACUGGACAAGUUGGACCACCAGGACAAGCUGGAGCCACUGGACCACAAGGUGAAAGAGGUAACCCAGGUGCACCCGGAUUCCAAGGCGAACCUGGUCCACAAGGUCUUGCUGGAGCGAAUGGAGAACCUGGUAAUGCUGGACGAGAUGGUAGUGAUGGACAACAAGGACCAAUGGGACCUGCUGGAUCUACCGGACCACCAGGACCUCCUGGAGAACCCGGACAACCUGGUGCUGCUGGAAAGGAUGGGUUACCUGGAUUCCCCGGACUUGUUGGUUCAAAGGGAUCACGAGGACCACAAGGACGAUCUGGACCACCCGGUCUUUUGGGAGCUGUCGGACCCGCUGGAGGUGUUGGUCAACCAGGACCCCAGGGAGAACGUGGAGAACGAGGUGAAAGGGGUAAUGCUGGACAACCCGGAUCUACUGGUGCUAUUGGCGCUCCUGGUGUACAAGGUGCUCAGGGAGAAAAGGGAGAAACUGGACGAACAGGAACUCAGGGAGACAAAGGAUGGCCUGGAUUACCUGGUCCUCAGGGACCGCCCGGACCUCUUGGAAGCAAUGGAGAUACUGGUUCACCCGGUCCACAAGGUCCACCUGGAUCACCUGGUUCACCUGGACAACGUGGUUUGAAUGGACGACCCGGAGAACCCGGAUCACAAGGACGAGUUGGACCCGCUGGUGCCAGGGGACCCGCUGGAGACGAUGGCUCUAACGGACCCAUGGGACCACGUGGAGCUCCAGGGCCACCCGGACCACCAGGUUAUGCCCCAGUCUACCCUGCCAGACAAUCACAGAACAAGGGAGUUGAUCCAUACUACCAAUACGACCAACCUGACGCAGAAAUGCUCACUAAAAUGCCCAACUUCAACGAACGACUUUCUCUUGUACAAGAAGCCAUUCAACGUGUACGAAAACCAACUGGUACUAAAAUCGACCCAGCUGUUACCUGCAGACAUUUGUUUGAAGAUCAUGAAGAUUUCGAAGAUGGUGUUUACGUUAUCGAUCCUAAUGGUGGAAGUGGUAUUGACUCAAUUGAAGUAUUCUGCAAAAAAGAACAAGCAGAAACCUGUGUUAAAGCCAAAAGCCCCAUCUACAAACCACAAAGAUGGACACAAAGUACCCAGGGAGGUUAUCUAUUUAUGGAAGAACUUAAUGAUGAUACAGAAUUUAAAUAUCAAAUUAGAGAAAAACAACUUAACGCAUUGAAAGAUCAUUCAGAGAAAGCUCGUCAAACAGUUGUAUACAAUUGCUUGAAUUCCGAUGUGUAUGGCAUGCGACUUGCCAUGGAUAAUGAUAAUGAAAUAGAUACAACACAAAAGCGUAUAGGAAAAGCAACAAUUAUUCACUCUGAGGGUGGUUGUAAUAAAACAGAUAACCAAUGGCACUCUGCCAGUUUUAAAGUUGAAACCAAAAAGCCUAAGAUAAUGCCUAUAUUAGAUGUAAGGCUGUUUGACGUCGGUAGUGAGAAUCAACAAUUUGGUAUUGAAGUGGGAGAUGUAUGCUUUAGCUAAACCGACGCAUCAUUUAGAUUAUUAUUAAUUCUUCAUCUUUUUCUGGUGCUAAGGGGCCAACGUUGCCUUUCAUUACAUAAUAUUUGCAGCAGACAUUGUACAAAAAAGCGCCUUAUCUUAUUCCGUCCAUUUGUUUUUUUAUUAACUUGUAUAUCACGUGACUCAAGGACCUCGUUAUGAAAUAUACCAACCUCACUUUCAAGGAUCUGUGAUGCCAUCUUCCACUGGGAUAUGGCGGGGCCGUGACGUAUAAACUGUGAUGUACAUAAUAAUGUGAUAUCAACCUCACUGCCAUUUAAGGACAUCUUCAAAUACCAAAAGCUGUUUCAAAACGUCAACAUUUUGUUUCUUAUGAUUUAUAAAUAUGAAUAAAACAUAGAUGUCCAUCUGUAUAAUGACCAUUCUGUUAUAUUUUGUCGGUAUAUAGCUGAAGUAUUGAAAUAAAAAAAAGAUAAAAAAAACAAAAAAA